AUGCUGUUGAAAUUCGGCGCUAGGACAUGGUUUCUUACCGCUCGUGCCUCGUCUUCAUCGUCAAGGAAAUUGACCAAACGGCCAAUCAUUCCAGAGAGGCCUAAUCGAGGAGGCGAGGCAAAAUCAUUUGUUGAUCAAAGAAGAGUAAGUUGUAAAGCAGGUAGUGGUGGUAAUGGAAUGGUUUCAUUUCGACGUGAAGCAGGCGUUAUGUUCGGCGGUCCAGAUGGAGGUGAUGGAGGAAAUGGUGGUCAUGUUAUUUUCGAAGGGGACCCACUUGUUAAAGAUCUUUCUCGUUUACCAACUAUCGUAAAAGCGAUGAAUGGUGAAGGUGGUCAUUCGAAAAGUUGCCAUGGGAAAAGUGCUCCACACAAAAUAAUUAAAGUGCCUGUAGGAACCGUAUUCAAGGAACCGGGUACUGACAAGGUAAUAAUUGAUUUAAACAGACAGGGAGCGAUUUUCCUUGCUGCUAGGGGAGGUGCUGGUGGCCACGGUAAUCAGUUCUAUAAAACAAAUGAAAUGCGAGUCCCAUUGAAAGCUGAACUAGGUGGAAUAGGUGAAGAAUUAACAUAUGACGUAGAAAUGCGUAGAAUCGCUACUGCUGGAUUGAUAGGAUAUCCUAACGCUGGAAAAUCUUCGCUUUUGCGUGCGAUCUCUAGAGCUAAGCCGAAAGUAGCUUGUUAUCCAUUUACUACUUUGACAGCCUACAUCGGUGUUGUGCAUUACGAUGAUUUUAUACAAAUUGCUGUAGCGGAUAUUCCUGGUCUUGUGGAAGGAUCACAUGCAGAUGUUGGACUUGGACAUAGUUUUCUAAGGCAUAUUACGCGAUGCCACUGCUUGUUUUAUGUUUUGGAUUUAACGCUAUCACAAUUACGGGAACAGUUUGAUUCGUUAAAAUUUGAAGUAGACCAAUACCAGCAGAAUUUGAGUAAUCGACCUAGUACUAUUAUCAUAAAUAAAAUGGAUUUGGCGCCAGCGAAUUUUGACAAGGAUGCUGUUCGGCAACAAUUUCCUAGCUAUUCGAUAUUCUUUAUUUCGGCCAAAUUCGGUAAUGGUAUUGAAGAGCUUCUAGUGCAUUUACGUGAACAGUAUGAUAGUGUAAACAGUGUGGUAGCACAAUAG